AUGAGAGACAUGAUUCAGAAUGCAUGUAUUCUACUUACCAACUUCCAACUGCAUUCUUGUCUCCCUAAACUCAUGGCCGAAACACUUCUCUUUAGCUUGGCAGAAUCGCUCAUAGGGAAGCUUGCUAAUCGUGCCGUUGAAGAAGCUUCUUCGGCACUUGGUGUAUAUGGCGAGCUAAAACAGAUGAAAGCAACUAUGACACUCAUCAAAGGUGUGCUGUUAGAUGCCGAGCAAAAGAUGUCGCAGAGCAGUGCAUUGAGCGAAUGGCUGAGACAGAUCAAGCACGUCUUCUCCGACGCCGAAGACAUAGUCGAUGAUUUCGAGUGUGAAGCGUUGCGGAAGCACGUUGUCAACACCUAUGGUAGCUGCUCAAGGAAGGUACGCCGUUUAUUCUCUUCAAGUAAUCCUCUUGUUUAUCGUCUUAGAAUGGCACAUCAGAUAAAAGAUAUCAGGGAGAGGUUGGAGAAAGUUGCAGCUGAUAGGAACCUGUUUGGCCUUCAAAUCAUUGACCAAGAUACACGUGUUGUUCGCGUGAGGGAAAUGACCCAUUCUCAUGUAAACCCUUCCAAUGUUAUAGGAAGGGAACAUGAUAAACAGAAAAUCAUAAAACUUUUGCUACAUGAUGUUCAUCAUCAAAGUCUCUCUGUAGUUCCCAUUGUGGGAAUGGGAGGAUUGGGGAAGACCACACUUGCAAAGUUGGUGUUCAGUGACAGCAGCAUUCAAGAAUGUUUUCCGUUGAAGAUGUGGGUGUGUGUCUCAAAUGAUUUUCAACUUAGGAAUGUGCUUGUCAAUAUCCUUAAUUCUGCUCCUAACCCAACUAAGGAGAAGUUCAAAAACUUUGACACGGAGCAACUUCAAAAUGAAUUGAGAAAUAAACUUCAAAGUCAAAAGUUCUUGCUUGUCUUGGAUGACGUGUGGAACGAGGAUCGUGCUAGAUGGGAUGAGUUGAAGGAUAUAAUAGAUGUGGGUGUUGAAGGGAGUAAAAUCCUAGUGACUACUCGUAGUCAUUCAGUAGCUGCCAUGAUGCGCACUAAAUUCUCAAAUUCGUACCUUCUUGAAUGCCUCUCUCAAGAGCAUUCUUUCUCUUUGUUUGUCAAAUCUGCUUUUGAAGAUGGAGAAGAGAAUAAACAUCCAGAGUUAUUGGAGAUUGGGAAAGAAAUAGUUAAAAAAUGUGGAGGUUUACCAUUGGCAGUGAGAACGUUGGGGAGUUCACUGUUUUCAAGGGUUGAUAAGAAAGAGUGGGAGUUUAUAAGAGACAACGAGAUUUGGAAUUUAAGACAAAAUGAGAAGGGCAUUUUGCCUGCUCUCAAAUUAAGUUAUGAUCAACUGCCUUCAUAUUUAAAGCCAUGUUUUGCUUCUUUCUCCCUUUUUCCUGAGGGUACUAAUAUUUAUGGUUCUUGGGUUACUAGGAUGUGGGGAGCUCUUGGUUUUCUUCCACCUCCAAAGGAACAUGAAUCAAUGGUUGAUGUUGGCAAGCAAUUUUUGGAUGAGCUAUGGUCAAGAUCUUUUCUUUCAGAUUAUAUUGACUUUGGGGGUGAUUGCCAUUUUAAUUUACAUGAUUUAGUGAUUGAUCUUUCGGUGUAUAUUGCGAAAGGUGAGUUUGAAAUAAUAUAUCCCCGCAAUCUAAACAUAUCUGAGUUUGCUCAACAUUUGACAUUAAUGGAUAAUAAUAUGCCUCGUCGAGCUCUUCUUCCCACAAGUCUGAGAACCGUGUAUUGUCCUAACGGAGCCAACACUGAAGCUUUCUUGAACACAUUGGUAACAAAGUGCAAAUACUUGAGGGUUUUAAACUUAUAUUCUUCUGAAUUCGAGAGUUUGCCUCGCAGGAUCGGAAAGUUGAAGCAUUUAAGAUAUCUCAGUCUUUCGGAAUGUGAAAAUCUUAAGAGACUCCCUGAUUCAGUCUGCAAACUUCAAAAUUUGCAAACUUUGAAGCUUGGUGGAUGCAAAAGGCUAGAAAAGUUACCCAAAGGAAUAAGAAAUCUAAUCAACCUUCGUCACCUAGUUAUAACCACCAGACAAGCUGAUUUUCCUGAAAAAGAGAUUGCAAGUUUGACUUCUUUAGAAUCGUUAUAUAUUUGUUGUUGUGAUAAUGUGGAGUCAUUGUUCGAAGGGAUACAACUUCCCAACCUUAAAAUUUUGAAUUUGAGUAAAUGUGGGGGUCUAAAGUCGGUGUCAUUUCAUGCCAUAAAAAAUUUAGAUGUUUUAAUGAUCUCAAAGUGUGGUAGGUUGGAAUUGUCAAUGGGUCUUGGCAGCCAAAUUCCCGAUUCAAGGUUUAAGUUGAUAUUUCUUGAUGAUUUACCACAGCUGGUCACUUUGCCUCAGUGGUUGCAAGGAUCUCUCAACACUUUACAUUCCUUGAGGAUAUCUGACUCUGUCAAUCUUGAGGAGCUUCCUAAGUGGCUAUCAACUAUGAUUCAUCUCAAAUCGCUUUCAAUCGAAAAUUGCCCAAAAUUUCUCUCACUCCCUGAUAACAUGCAUCACCUUCAACAUCUACGAAUUGUUGGUUGUCCUGAACUAUGCAAAAGACUCCAACCAGAAGUUGGACAGGAUUGGCACAAGAUAUCGCACAUCAAACAAGUUACAUUAUUGAAUCAGAAGAAGAAAACUAAUUUUCAGAAAAAUACAGUCAAAAGUUGA